UCAAUUUCCUCCUACUCUUCAACCAUACAAUGAUACAAACCCAUUUCCCACUUUACCUACCUGCUAUCUGAGAAGUUUUUCAGUGCCGGGUGGCCACAUAGUGCCGAACGCGAUCUUGGCCGUCUUAGUGUCUAGACGCGUCCAAAAAUAUACAGAGAGAGAAAGGCAGAUCGACAUUGAGAGAGAGAGAGAGGGGGAGACAGAAAUACAGAUAUACUGAGAAAAGCCAUGAUACAGCAGCAGCAGCAACACUCUCAUCACAAGGUACUACCGAAGCGAAUAAUCCUAGUACGCCACGGCGAGAGCCAAGGCAACCGCGACAACUCAGCCUACACAACAACCCCAGACUAUAAAAUCCCGCUCACCCCAAACGGCGUCGCCCAGGCCAAGCUCGCCGGGGCUCAGAUCCGCCGCGUCGUCUCCGACGACGGGCGCUCCCGCAACUGGAAGGUUUACUUCUACGUCUCCCCCUACGAGCGCACCCGGUCGACGCUCCGCGAGAUCGGGCGGUCGUUCCCCAGGGACAGGAUAGUCGGAGUGAGGGAGGAGUGCAGGAUCAGGGAGCAGGAUUUUGGGAAUUUUCAGGAGGAGCAGAGGAUGAAGGUGAUUAAGGAGAUUAGAGAGAGGUUCGGGCGGUUUUUCUAUCGGUUUCCUGAAGGGGAGUCGGCUGCUGACGUUUACGAUCGCGUUUCCAGCUUUCUUGAGACUUUAUGGAGGGAUAUAGACAUGAACAGGUUUCACCUUGACCCAUCUGAUGAUCUAAACCUUAUUAUCGUAUCGCAUGGUCUAGCUUCGCGUGUUUUCCUCACGAAAUGGUUCAAGUGGACAGUGGAGCAAUUCGAGUACCUAAACAAUCUUGGUAACUGUGAGUUUCGAGUGGUGCAACUAGGACAAGGUGGAGACUAUAGCCUGGCAAUCCACCAUACUGAAGAGGAGAUGCAAGAAUGGGGACUUUCCCCCGAUAUGAUAGCAGAUCAAAAGUGGCGGGCCUGUGGCAAUAAGGGUAAUUGGUAUGAAAAUUGUCAAUGGUACCUUGAUGAAUUCUUUGACAAACUAGAAGACACAGAGGACAGCAUUGAACAGGACCAAGAUGAAAAUGAGAUGUCUGGCAUUGCUUUUAUUUUUCGAAUUCAUGGAAUCAUAUAUGGGAAGGGUGACGUGAAACAAUGGUCGAUAACAAUAUUCAUGGAAUCCACUUUUGUGGUACGUUAUAACUUAUUUUCAUAAAGGUAACGUGAUGAUA